CUUUCCCUACGUAAUUGCAACGAAGUGCGGUAUUACCUGGCCACUCAACUGCGACCUUGUUCGUCCCAGACAUGGCAUUCAAGCAUAAUAUUGAGCCUUGUGAGGCAAGUACUUGAAUUCCAGAAAAGGCGGUCCAUCUUAGGAGUUGUCAGAGCACCGAGACGCCAGUCGCUGCAUUAUUGUACAGGCAAUCUGCUUCCUGGAAGCCUUUUGUCUUUCCACAUUGUAGCGCUGUUGAGAAGCGGUGAAAGCGUAAAGCGAGGAUCCCUCAAUCUUACAAGGCAGUGCCAGCAUAUUAGCGUCUAGAGUUGGCCCUUUUCAUCAAAGAAGUGCUCACAAGAAGCAAGAGACGCUCGGUAACUUACGCUUUGGGAGGGUUGUCCUUGUGGCCUGUAGAAUGUGAAGGAGCGCCGGAUGUCAAAGUACAGGCUCAGUUAUAAUUGUUGGGAGAGUAAGGUCAUGGUACUUGAGAUACGAUAGCGCCAUGACAAUGUGUGUAUGCCAUCUCGUCAAAGAGUUCCCCUACUGAGGAAGCCAGCCAUGAAACGCUCUGGGAGAGGGCCAGACUGCCCGAGGCUAGUUUUUGUGGUCCUUGCUGGCUCUAUCGUAACCGCUCUUUUCAUCUUCCUCACGCUCCAGAUAUUUGUAAUCUCCUCGCAUCAAACUGUCUUUGCUAGACAUGAUGAUGGCCGGCUACUUAUGGGCGGCCGCGAGGAGACUGGUGCAAAGGUCCGCUUGGAGGAGCUGUCGACUGCUCUGCUUAAAGUGACGGAGCAGGUCGAGAAGCUAAAGGGUAUGCUGUUAACGUUGCAGAGCGAAACAAAGGUUGUGACUGCGCAGCUGGGCCAGCACAGCAACCUCGAGCAAGUCAUCGAUGGAGUGGCCAAGGAGAUCAAGGCGCUCAAGUCCGAGCGGCCUGUCAACCUGUACAUGGGGGGCAGCAUCGUAAUGUGCUGGAUCGAGUACUUCCACAAGUACUUCUUCCUCGACUCCCGCGACCGCGGCGUCACGCCGCAUCUCUGCCAGGGCACCGUGUGGGAAACAAAGCUGACGGAAGCGGUGGCAAAGCUGGUCAAACCCGGGCGGAAUGUGGUGGAUGUCGGCGCCUCUGUCGGCUGGUACACCAACGUUUUUGCACGCGCCGUAGGGCACACGGGGCGGGUUUUGGCGGUGGAGGCAAACCCUCGGCUGGGAGAGUUGCUGACCCGCACGCUCGUGGAGUAUCAACAGGUGGAAGUGGUGAAUAAAGCACUGGGGAAUGCGGACGACAAGCAGGUGUUUAUCGGGAAUGACAUGUCCUGGAGCCCCGGGAACAAGGUCGAGAAAGAGGCGGCAGAGGGCAGGGUGCCGGUGGAUUAUAUGAAGUUGGAUACAUUGCUUCAUGAUGAGGCGUGGCACAAGGUGGAUGUCGUGAAAGUGGACGUAGAGGGGCACGAGUGGCAGGUGUGGCAGGGAAUGCAGAUGACCGUGGCGGACAACCCCGGCUUGGAGCUUUUCAUCGAGAUUAACAGCCGACGGGACAAAGGCAAUGGAGUUGACUCCAAGAAGUUCUACGAAGAUCUCCAACGAAAGUUCAAGAAAAUGUAUUCAGUGAGUGGGGAUGAUGGUUCUCUCACGGAAACAAGCGCAUCCGCGCUUCUUGACACCACAGGGAAUAUCUUUCUGUACCUCACGAACUAGUCUUCGAGGACUUUCCGUAUGCAGACGGCGUUUUCCUCAUUAGAAAUGUUUAUUCUAGGGGUGAAUGUUUAUUGGAGCUUGUAUGUAAUCUAUUGAAGAGGGCGCUAGGUACAUUGCUUGGCUGCCUUCUGUCCAACAGAACUGGAAAGCAACAACGGUACCGUAGCACUCACAGUCUGCACAUGCACUUUCAUGAUAAGGUCGUACGCUCUGAACCUCUUAGGCUCUCUUGCAACUGCAGUGAUUGUCUUUUGACCGGUUUGGCUAAACUCUUUGGCAAAUACGCUCAAACUUUGGAAGCAGAUGCACACAUAAAGUUCUACCCGUUGCCGUCUGCUGAAAUGAAGCUGACCAUGCAACUGCUCGUCCUUACCUGCUCCUCGAGACUCGAGUUUGUAAUAUCUUCAAUUGCUGUUCACUUGGAUCAGAU